AUGUCCAGCAGUGAAGGAGGUGCCUCGAAAGAGUCGUCGCCAGAGCCAUUAUCCUCAAGAAGGGUCUCGACGGCAGAGGAGCGGGAAGAAGGUAGCCGGGAAAAGAGUGAAUCGCCAGAGUCCGAGUCCGGCGCGUCGCAGUCUCGACCAUCUGAGGAGGAUACACCCGCUGGUCCACCAGGAGAACCUUUAACAUCAGACGACGCAAAAGCAGCUGAGCCCCCCUCCAGUACUGAUAAUCCAGAAGGUUUAACCCAGCCAGUAGCGACAAACGCUCAUGUAAAUGGCGACUGGCAAGCUAUCUGGUCUCCCCAACAUGGGAUGUACUACUUCUACAACUCGCGCACGAACGAAACGACUUGGACAAACCCGCUCGUGUCAGACUCUUCUUCAGCCGCUGCCACCUCCGCUUCUGCCUCAUCCGCUGCAAGGCUGAGCGCCCAAGAGGCUGCCGCCGCAGCGGGCAUAGAUCCCGAGCUUGCCUUUCUCGAUCCAACCCUUGUAGCAGGACCUUCGCAGCCUGCAGCAUUCAAUUACACGGCAAAGUUUAACGCCCACACUGGGGCAUUUGCAAAGCCUGAUGCACGCAAUCCCGAACACGUGUCGGAAUACGAGAGAAUGAAGCGGAUGAAUAGUUUUUACUUUGACCAGGAUGCAUGGCAACAAGAUGUUGAGCAGAGACAAGAAGAGGAAGAGGCGGGAAAGAAGAGGAAGAAACCAACAAAGAAAGAUUUGGAGACGUUCAAGGAGAGGAAAAAACAGAAGAAGCUGGCGAAGACGGCAUGGCUGCGUACUUAG